UUUUUCUUUUGAAAAGAGAGAGAGAAAAACAGUGAUGAUCAUAACAGUUCUUCAUUCCCCUGUCUCAUUCUGUUACAUCAUCCUUAGCUUCCUCUUCUUCCAUGCAUUACAUUUGGUAGGAAGUGAUGGUGCUACUAUCACCAUCGUGAACCGAUGCAGCUUCACCGUCUGGCCGGGAAUUUUGUCCAACGCCGGGAGUGGUGAUAUAGGCACCACCGGUUUCGAGCUAGCCUCCGGUGGUUCACGUUCGUUCCAAGCUCCGGCUAGCUGGUCAGGUCGGUUUUGGGCACGAACCGGUUGCAACUUCGACUCAGAUACAGGCCAAGGCACGUGCUUAACCGGAGACUGCGGCUCUAACCAGGUCGAGUGUAAUGGUGCGGGAGCCAAACCUCCCGCCACACUCGCCGAGUUCACAAUCGGGUCAGGUCCAAGCGACCCUGCCCGUAAACAGGACUUCUACGACGUGAGCCUCGUGGACGGUUACAACGUCCCCAUGUUGGUGGAAGCAAGUGGAGGGUCAGAAGGUACAUGCUUAACAACGGGAUGCGUGAGUGAUCUAAACCAGAAAUGUCCAACGGAGCUCCGGUUCGGAUCCGGGUCAGCAUGCAAGAGCGCGUGCGAGGCUUUUGGUAGUCCGGAGUACUGUUGUAGUGGCGCAUACGCAUCACCCACCGAGUGUAAACCAUCGACGUACUCAGAGAUAUUCAAAUCAGCGUGUCCAAGAUCAUACAGCUACGCCUUCGACGACGCUACAAGUACCUUCACAUGUACUGAUGCUGAUUACACCAUCACUCUUUGCCCUUCCUUGCCUAGCCAAAAGUCAGCAGCAAAUGGGUGGAGAGAGGGCGGUGGAUUGAGAGAAAGCUCGCCGUCGCCUUUAUCAACGUGGUUGUCCGAUGUUUUCACCUCUGAUUCCUCAAAUGUUCACUCUUCACACUUCCUACUCAUGUUUACUAUUUUUCUUCUUCUUCUUCUUCGGCAAUUUUGAAAAUUUUCUC